UGAAUCGCAGGCAGUAAGAUUCAGGAACAAGGAACCCAAAACCAACUCUUGGAAAUUCCCCAACACAACAACACUCGUUACGAAUCGAAACGAAAUAUCCUUUCAAUCUGUAGAUCGUCAAGAAACCCCAUAGAAACCCAACCCAAAACCCAUAGAUAAAUUAAUUAAUUAAAAUGGGGAACGCUUUGCGAUUUCUGUUGGGCAAAUGCUGCAAACCCGAAGCCGACUCCGAUCACGGCGCCUCCGCCGUCUCCGCCCUCGCCCAUGAUCUCUACAGCUUCGAAAUCACCCAUCAGGUUCCUCGGGAGCUCAGUGGCCAUGUCGUCUCGUCCAGAAAAGCUCAGUCUAAUUGGUAUCAGAAACUAAGUGAGGCGUGGAGGGAGACGAAGCCACCACCAAAAACUCCAGAAGAAGCUUCAAGGCUUGUAAUUCAGACAUUGAAGAGACACAAGAAGGAAGAUGUUGAGGGUUUAUUGGCGUACUAUGGCCUUCCUUUGCCCCAUACCUUGGUUGAUCUCACUGAUGGAGCUGUUCCAUUGCAGCCACAUGGAUUGAAAUUCGAAUUGCAUACUCUCCCUGUCGAUCCAAGGGCUGUGGCAGAUGGAGACACGAUUACGGUAUACGUUAGCACAAGUGAUCCUAGGGAGUCGUCGUUGGUUCCAAGAGAGGUUCACAUUGCAGCUUCUCAAAGGGCGCAAGCGCGUUCUCGCAGGGAUUACAGUGUCGCCGACAAACUUCAUAGAGACAUCAUCGAUUCAGGAUAUAGGGUGAUAACACUGCAGAACGAGGAUGUUCUUGCCAGAAAGUAUCGCAUAAGACUAAGGGGGAUCGAUGCGCCCGAGAGCAAAAUGCCGUAUGGGGAGGAGGCAAAGGAAGAACUAGUGAAAAUCGUGCAGGAUAGGUGCUUAAGAGUUCUUGUGUUUGAUGAGGAUCGCUACCAUCGAUGCGUGGGAGAUGUUUAUUGCAAUGGGGUAUUCGUACAGGAAGUGAUGCUGAAGAAGGGGAUGGCGUGGCACUACAAAGCUUACGACAACCGGCCAGAGCUGGACAAGUGGGAGAAGCAGGCGCGGGCGAGACGUGUAGGGUUGUGGGCAUCCAAGAACCCGGAGAUGCCGUGGGAGUGGAGAAAGGACAGACGUGAAGGCAGAUGAAGGUCUAACCUCUAUUCAGACAGUGAUCCUAGCUAGGUUGUCUUGAUUGGCUUCAUUAAUAUUUAAUGGGCUUUUCUAAGUGAUUAUAAUUUCAUGAAAGCCUGCCUGUAAAAUGAUUAUCAUUCUUGAGGAGUUGGUACAUUAAUACAUUACCUGGAAAACAAUAUUUCGACAAGAAAACGACUUGUCUUUCGAUU